GAGGGAUCUAAGUCUAUUUCCUUAAGCGCUUUCCUGGCCCAAACUGGGCCGCACGUCAAGAGCUGAGCCUCUGGAACCAUGACUGCCUUGAUCACAGAGUGAGGCCACCGUCGGACUACAAAUCCCGAAAGGCCUCGCGAGACCCGCUGAAAGUGGGGCGGGCGGGGACCGAGCUGCCCUUGGGCCGGUAGCUCGGAGACCUCGUUGCAUGAUGGCGCCACGGGUGUUCCCUCUUGUCAAGUUCCUGGUCAAGGGAGGUUUGGCAGGCGGCGCCGUCUACUUGGUGUACAACCAAGGGCUGCUAAGUGGAGGCGAGCAGGGUGCUCAAGCACUGCGGAAGGCGCGGGAUACGCUUCCUCUGGCCGUGGAAGAGUGGGCAAAAUACUUUGGCUGGAAGCUUCCCGCAGUUCCAAAAACCGAGUUCUCUUUCUACAAUUACUGGAAUUCAGGUGUUCAGUCAGUCAUAGGAGGUCUCUCAGUGGCACCUACCAGGGCCUGUGAGUAUACCCAGUGUGGAUGGAAGUACGUGAAAGACCUCACCAAAUGAAACCGACCAAAGCAGCUGCAGCAUUCUCUUGCCAUCCCAACGAAGAGAUCCCCAGCACUCCCUAGCAGAGGACAGAUGUGUUAUUAAAGGGCUACAAUAAAACCUCUGAAACUUG